CAUAGGCACAGAGAUGCCUUUUAUAUAAGAGAGACUCUCUCCUCCUCAAAAGCUCCCACGUUCACCUUCUCUUUCGCUUUUCUCUACCUCUCUUUUGUUGGGUUUUUGCUCAAUUUAAUUCUCUCUUUCUUGUUUUCAUAUUUUCUUUGUCUCUCUCUCUCUCUCUCUCUCUCUCUCUCUCUAUAUAUAUAUAUAUAUAUUGUUUCCCCAAAUACCACCACCAUUUAGCUUCAAUUGUUCAGAGAUAUACAACCAGAAAGAAAUGGCAGCUGCUGCUUCGUUUACCAGGGUUUCACUUAGAGUAUGGGCUUUCUUUGCUCUCCUUUUUGGCAUUGCAUUCCCGGCUCUUGUUCAAGCUCAAUCUCCGGCUCCUGCCCCUGCUAGUGAUGGGACUUCAAUUGACCAAGGGAUUGCAUACGUGCUGAUGCUGGUGGCCCUCGUGCUUACUUACCUCAUUCACCCACUCGACGCAUCUUCCUACAACUUCUUUUAAGCUUUUGCUUUCCAUGAAUUUAGAAAAGCAUGGAUUGGGAACGGAAUUCAUUGCCUUAUUUUGGAUACAAUUAUCAGUGACCCAGAGGAUAAUUCUUUUUUUUUUCUUUUUUUUUUAUAAAUUCUGAGUUGGUGGUGAUUUUGUAUAUGUUUUUGACAAAUUGAUUGGUGGUAUUGUUGCUAUUA